AUGGACCAGUGCAAGCCCAGCCCUACACCAUUCAUCUCCUUAUUACGUUUGUCUGCUUAUGAUGGUGAUCCUAUCUCGGAUCCUGAUGUUUAUCGGAGCAUGGUUGGCGGACUUCAGUAUUUGACUCUAACCCGCCCCGACAUUUCCUUUGUCGUUAAUCAAGUUUGUCAGUACAUGCACAACCCUAAAUCAACAUAUCUUCAGGCCGUCAAACGUAUCUACCGCUACAUCAAAGGGAUUGUUGAACAAGGUCUUUUAUUUCGUUCAUCUCCAGACUUCUCCAUUCGAGGCUUUUUUUAUACUGACUGGGCCGAUUCCAUUGAUGAUCGUCGCUCAACAAAUGGUGCUUGCAUUUUUCUUGGUCCUAACCUUUUUACAUGGAUCGCCAAAAAGCAAUCCACCAUGUCUCGUUCUAGUUCCGAAGCAGAAUAUCGUGCUCUUGCCACCACAGCUGCUGAAAUUCGUUGUUUUGUUAUCUCUUCUGUGAACUAG